AUGGAGUCGUUCAGUUUUAAUCUGCAAGCAGAGAAAACAAACGCAAUCCUGAAACAUAGGAAACUCCAAAGAGUAACAACGUUGUUACGUCUGGUUGAAGUGUGUGUCGUUUUGGUGUUGAUUUCAAGACUUUCCAUGAAGCUACCAGUUGCAGGUUUAGGAAAAAACGUUCACGAAGAAACAGAGCAGGGUGAUAUCUACGAAAAGUUUGUACGAAAGCGCGAAGAAAAAGAAAGAAUAAGAAAAAAUGAUUGUAUUACAGUGGAAGAAGGUGAUAAUAGGGUAGUAGAGGAGGUGGAGAAAGUGAAAAGAGGGGUGAAGAAGGGUUAUUGUUAUAGGAGGUGUGAGAGUGAGGUAUUGAAGAAACGACGUCGUGUGUUGCGAAGGUGUGAGAGUGAGAAGAAGGAAAGGAAAAGUAUUGAAGGUGAAGAGGAAAUGGUUAUGAGGAUUUCGUAUCCUGAGGAUGAGAUGAGUAACGAGGAGUUUCGUAGGACUGUAGAAGCUUUUAUUGCUAAGCAACAGAGGAUUCGAAGGGGAGAAGACAAAGAUUAUUCUUAUUUGGUUUAG